AUGGAGGAGACACACCAGGACCUGAUCCCCACGACGGGCGGCACCUAUGCCAAUUUGGGAACGGUGGAGGUGUCUCCUGGCAGUACACCGCGAUUCCAGCAAGUAGGCAAGUUGGACACUCCCCUCGCCACUCCCGGGACCAUCGGUACGCAACAGUACACUCCUCACGCGUCGGACCUCACGCCCUUCGAGUACUCGGUGGCGAGCACCAUCAGCCCAUUGUACUCUCCGGCUAACAAGAAGGAAGAGGAUGACAAGGACAUGGAUGAGUUCGACUACUCCCCAGGGGCCUCGGUGUACAGCCGCAGCGCACCGAAGACGGGCCAGUCCAUGGCGAGUGGGAGAUAUACUCCGGCCAAGACGCCGGGAAGUGUGUAUGCGCCCAAGACUGCCAUGUACACGCCUUCCGCGAUGAGUCCCUUCUCGCACAAGAGCCCGGGCUACACGCCGAUGAGCAGCCAGUACGGUGCAGGCACGCCCACGUCGAGGUUUGGCGCCACACCCGGCCCAGGAGGCUACUCGCCCUCGAUCGCGCCUGCAAGCCUGGCUCCCAGCGGGAUGAGUGAAGAGGGCGCAAGCCCCAUCAUCCAGGAGCAUGCUGGGCCAGACAUAGCCCUUUUUGGUGCUGAAUCGCCCAGCUACACGCCACAAGACGGUGAGGGGCCCGCCGCGCCGGCACCCUCUGCGGUCUUCUCGGCCGUCUCCGACGUGCGAGCGGAGGACGUGGCCUUCGAUGAGGAGAUGGACUUUCCAGCUGAUGCCGACGAGUGA